AGGAAGUCUGGCUCUCGCGAACGCGCCGGGAGCGUCCCCAGGGUCGGGCGCGUGCCUCGUAGAUGACAACAAAUUUGUCUCGCGGCGGCGUUGGAGGUGUUGCCACAGCCCCUGCCAGCUUCGCUCGCCGUGUCUUGCACUCUCUCUCUCGGCCGACUCGGACCGCCGGAAUCUCUCUGGCAGAGGCGGCGGGUACUGCUCAGCGCCUGCUCCCCACCGGGCCUAGCGCGGGCGGCGCGGCGCGGGCGAUGGGGUCGCCCUGAGGGACGGCGGCGCCGAGCACAGCAUGCUGGGGCCGCCCUGGGCUUAGACCCCGCCGCGGGCUGGGGACCCCGGCCGGGACUCGAGGCCGGAGCCGCCGCCGCCCUCCGCCGCAGCCGCCAGCCGUCACCAUGCCCUGGCCGUUCUCGGAGUCCAUCAAGAAGAGGGCCUGUCGGUACCUCCUGCAGAGGUAUCUAGGCCACUUCCUGCAGGAGAAGCUGAGCCUGGAGCAGCUCAGCCUGGACCUGUAUCAGGGCACCGGGUCCCUCGCCCAGGUCCCCCUGGACAAGUGGUGUCUCAAUGAAAUCCUGGAGUCAGCAGAUGCACCUUUAGAAGUCACUGAAGGCUUCAUUCAGUCAAUUUCUCUGUCAGUUCCGUGGGGCUCUUUGCUGCAGGACAAUUGUGCACUGGAAGUGAAAGGGUUAGAAAUGGUCUUUCGGCCUAGACCUCGCCUAGCAACUGGUUCUGAGCCCAUGUAUUGGUCAAGUUUCAUGACCAGCAGUAUGCAAUUGGCAAAAGAAUGUCUUAGCCAGAAACUGACAGAUGAGCAAGGAGAAGGAUCUCAGCCUUUUGAAGGCCUGGAAAAGUUUGCUGAAACCAUUGAAACAGUACUAAGAAGAGUAAAAGUCACUUUUAUAGACACAGUUUUGAGAAUCGAACAUGUGCCAGAGAACUCUAAAACUGGAACUGCACUUGAAAUUCGAAUAGAGAGAACUGUAUACUGUGAUGAAACUGCUGAUGACUCCUCAGGAAUUAAUGUACAUCAACCCACAGCUUUUGCUCACAAAUUACUUCAGCUCUCUGGAGUGUCUCUCUUCUGGGAUGAGUUUUCUGCAUCAGCAAAAUCUUCCCCAGUGUGUUCAACUGCACCAGUGGAAACUGAGCCAAAGCUGUCACCUAGCUGGAACCCCAAGAUUGUUUAUGAGCCACAUCCACAACUGACUAGAAAUUUACCAGAGAUAGCACCCUCAGACCCAGUGCAGAUUGGAGGGCUAAUUGGUAGGUUGGGAUUGAGUCUCACGUUGAAACAGAAUGAAGUACUUCCUGGAGCUAAGUUGGAUGUUGAUGGACAGAUCGACUCUAUUCAUCUAUUCCUGUCUCCCAGGCAGGUACACUUGCUUUUGGAUAUGUUAGCAGCUAUUGCUGGACCAGAAAAUUCUAGCAAAAUAGGGUUAGCUAAUAAAGAUAGGAAAAACCGACCUAUGCAACAGGAAGACGAGUAUCGAAUUCAGAUGGAAUUAAACCGGUAUUAUUUGAGAAAAGAUUCCCUGUCUGUGGGUGUAUCUUCAGAGCAAAGCUUUUAUGAGACAGAAACGGCUCGUACACCUUCUAGCCGUGAAGAAGAAGUUUUCUUCUCCAUGGCGGAUAUGGAUAUGUCGCAUAGUCUCUCUUCUCUUCCACCCCUUGGGGAUCCCCCAAAUAUGGACCUGGAGUUAUCAUUAACUAGUACAUACACAAGUACCCCAGCAGGAUCCCCAUUAAGUGCUACUGUGCUUCAGCCAACUUGGGGAGAGUUCCUUGAUCAUCAUAAAGAGCAGCCAGUGCGAGGGCCAGCCUUUCCGCCCAACCUAGUUCACCCGGUGUCUUUGCAGAAGACAGCUCUCCCAUCUAGAUCCGUUUCAGUGGAUGAAUCCAGGCCUGAGCUUAUUUUUAGACUAGCUAUUGGAACUUUUUCAGUCUCUGUACUUCACAUUGAUCCUUUAUCUCCACCUGAGACGUCAUUGAACCUCAAUCCAUUGACACCGAUGGCUGUAGCUUUCUUUACUUGUAUAGAAAAGGUUGAUCCAGCAAGAUUUUCAGCAGAAGAUUUUAAGUCUUUCCGAGCAGUAUUUGCGGAAGCUUGCUCACACGAUCACCUUAGAUUUAUAGGUACUGGCAUCAAAGUAUCCUAUGAACAAAGACAAAGAUCUGCUUUAAGGUAUUUUAGUACUGAUGUAUCCAUUGGCCAAAUGGAACUUUUAGAGUGUCUGUUUCCCACGGAUUUUCAUUCUGUUCCUCCUCACUAUACAGAGCUUUUAACGUUCCAUUCUAAUGAAGGAUCUGAUGCUCACCCCCCUGUAUGUCUUCAGCUUCAUUAUAAGCAUUCGGAGAACAAAGGAACUCAAGGUAAUCAAGCAAGACUUACUUCAGUUCCUCAGAAGGCAGAAUUACAAAUUAAAUUAAACCCAGUGUGUUGUGAGCUGGAUAUCAGUAUUGUGGACAGGUUAAAUUCCCUGCUUCAGCCACAGAAACUUACUACCGUAGAGAUGAUGGCCUCUCACAUGUAUACUUCAUAUAAUAAGCACAUUAGUCUGCACAAGGCUUUCACUGAAGUGUUUCUAGAUGAUUCACAUAACCCUGCACAUUGUCGGGUAUCGGUACAAGUUGCCACCCCAGCAUUAAACCUUUCUGUUCGCUUCCCAAUACCUGAUCUUCGGUCAGAUCAAGAAAGAGGGCCGUGGUUUAAGAAGUCACUUCAGAAGGAGACCCUUCAUUUAACACUCUCAGAUUUGGAAUUGAAGACCGAAUUUAUAGGAGGAUCAACCCCAGAGCAAAUUAAAUUGGAACUUACAUUUAGAGAACUAUCUGGAUCAUUCCAGGAGGAGAAAGGAGAAUCAUCUCUUAAGUUUUUCCAUGUGUCUAGUGGAGUAGAUGGAAAUAUAGCAUCAUCAGAUGACUUCGACUGGCCACGAAUGGUACUGAAAAUAAAUCCACCGGCCGUGCAUUCCAUUUUGGAGAGAAUAGCAGCAGAGGAGGAGGAAGAGAACGACGGUCACUACCAGGAAGAGGAGGAAGGGGGUGCUCAUUCCCUGAAAGAUGUCUGUGACCUACGGAGACCAGCACCAUCUCCGUUUUCUUCACGAAGAGUAAUGUUUGAAAAUGAACAGAUGGUGAUGCCAGGAGACUCUGUAGAAAUGACAGAGUUUCAAGAUAAAGCAAUGAGCAACUCUCGCUAUGUGCUGGAGCUUACGUUACCAAAUAUCCAUAUAACACUACCCAAUAAAAGCUUUUAUGAGAAGCUUUACAAUAGGAUCUUUAAUGACCUGCUGCUGUGGGAGCCUACUGCUCCCUCCCCAGUGGAGACGUUUGAGAAUCUUUCCUAUGGGAUCGGGCUUUCUGUGGCCAGUCAACUGAUUAAUACCUUCAACAAAGAUAGUUUUAGUCCGCUUAAAUCUACUGUUCACUAUGAUGAAGAAAGUGGAUCUGAAGAAGAGACUUUGCAGUAUUUUUCUACUGUUGAUCCCAAUUAUCGUUCCCGUAGGAAAAAAAAAUUAGACCCUCAGAACAAGAACUCCCAGAGUUUUCUUUCUGUUCUUCUGAAUAUUAAUCACGGAUUGAUGGCAGUGUUCACGGAUGUAAAACAAGAUAAUGGAGAACUGUUGGAAAACAAGCAUGGUGAAUUCUGGUUAGAGUUCAGUAGUGGUUCGUUGUUUUGCGUGACAAAAUAUGAAGGUUUUGAUGACAAGCACUACAUUUGCCUUCAUUCUAGCAGUUUCAGUCUGUACCACAAAGGCAUAGUGGAUGGAGCGAUUCUUCCUACAGAAACACGCCUGCCCUGCUCAAACCGCCCACAUUGGUUGGAACCUACUAUUUAUUCCUCUGAAGAAGGUGGGCUUAGUAGAGGUGCUUCAGAUGGUGUGGGAGGAGACAAUCUGAAUAUGCUCUCGGUUGCAGUCAAAAUACUGUCCGAUAAGUCAGAGUCCAAUACAAAGGAAUUUCUUAUUGCUGUAGGACUGAAAGGAGCCACUCUUCAGCACAGAAUGCUUCCUUCUGGUCUUAGCUGGCAUGAACAGAUCUUAUACUUUUUGAACAUUGCUGAUGAACCUGUUUUGGGAUAUAAUCCUCCAACUUCAUUUACAACCUUUCAUGUUCAUCUUUGGAGCUGUGCACUUGAUUACAGGCCACUUUAUUUGCCCAUCCGAUCUCUUCUUACAGUUGAAACAUUCAGCAUUUCUAGUAGUGUUGCACUGGAUAAAUCUUCUUCUACUCUCAGAAUAAUCAUGGAUGAGGCUGCUUUACAUCUGUCUGACAAAUGUAAUAAUGUCACUAUAAAUUUGAAUAGAGAUUAUGUCCGUGUGAUGGAUAUGGGACUUUUAGAAUUAACUAUAACUGCAGUGAAGUCUGAUUCUGAUGGAGAGCAAACUGAGCCCCGCUUUGAGCUCCACUGUUCCAGUGACAGCGUCCACGUCAGAACGUGCUCAGACUCUUGCGCCGCACUGAUGAAUCUCAUUCAGUACAUUGCAAGCUAUGGUGAUCUGCACGCCCCUAACAAGGUGGCACCGAAACCUGGCACCCCUCAGAGGAAGUCAGAGGUAGAGUCCAGUGGUCGAGCAUCCUCACGCGGCCCGGUGCUUCCUGAAGCAGAUCAGCAGAUUUUACGAGAUCUGAUGAGUGAUGCUAUGGAGGAGAUUGAUGUGGAGCAAGUCAAUUCGUCUGUAAAACCACAGGCUAACGGUGUUUUGGAUGAAAAAGCUCACAUUCAGGAGCCAUGUUGUUCAGACCUCUUCCUGUUCCCAGAUGAGAGUGGGAAUGUUUCCCAGGAGCCUGGCCCCACUUACGCCUCCUUCUCUCACCACCUGAUCAGUGAUACCAUGUCAGCUGUGCCUACUGAAAAUGACGACUUUUGCAUCCUUUUUGCACCAAAAGCAGCUGUCCAGGAGAAGGAAGAAGAGCCCGUUAUAAGAAUCAUGGUUGAUGAUGCAAUUGUGAUAAGAGAUAAUUAUUUUAGCCUGCCUGUUAAGAAGACAGACACGAGCAAAGCCCCACUGCACUUUCCCAUCCCUGUACUUCGAUAUGUGAUUAAGGAAGUCUCUGUUGUGUGGCAUCUGUAUGGGGGCAAGGAUUUCGGAGCAGUUCCUCCUGCUUCCCCAGCAAAAAGUUUUAUUAGUCCUCAUAGUUCACCUUCUCACACACCCGCAAGACAUGGACGUAGUACAGUUUGUGGGGGGAAAGGAAGGAACCAUGACUUUUUAAUGGAAAUACAGUUAAGCAAGGUGAAGUUCCAGCACGAAGUCUACCCCCCAUGCAAACCCGACUGUGACUCUAGCCUCUCCGAGCACCCAGUCUCUCGGCAGGUCUUCAUUGUUCAGGAUCUCGAGAUUCGGGAUCGGCUGGCAACAUCACAAAUGAACAAAUUUUUGUAUCUGUACUGCAGCAAAGAAAUGCCUCGGAAAGCUCAUUCCAACAUGUUGACAAUUAAAGCAUUACAUGUGCGUCCAGAGUCUGGCCGGUCACCACAGGAAUGCUGCUUGAGAGUGUCAUUAAUGCCGCUUCGCCUCAAUAUUGACCAGGAUGCCUUGUUUUUCCUGAAGGAUUUCUUCACAAGUCUUUCUACAGAAGUAGAACUGCUGCUGACUCCAGAUCCAGAAGUUAAAAAGUCCCCUGGAGCCGAUGUCACCUGCAGUUUGCCAAGGCAUUUGAGCACCUCAAAGGAGCCAAAUCUAGUUCUUUCUUUCCCGGGGCCAAAACAGCCUUCCCCAAAUGAUGGUGCCAAUUCAGCAGAGGUGGCUAAUGGAGUGGAAGAAAAGGAGUUCUCCGCUGAAGAAGCAUCGUUUAGUGAUCAGCCUGUGUUUUUUAGAGAAUUCAGAUUCACAUCAGAAGUUCCUAUUCGACUUGAUUAUCAUGGCAAACACGUAUCAAUGGAUCAGGGUACAUUAGCUGGGAUUUUGAUUGGCUUGGCCCAGUUAAACUGCUCUGAGCUAAAGUUGAAGCGGCUCUUCUAUCGGCAUGGUUUGCUAGGUGUUGACAAGUUGUUCUCAUAUGCAAUCACUGAAUGGCUCACUGACAUUAAGAAGAACCAGCUGCCAGGAAUCCUGGGAGGUGUUGGGCCUAUGCAUUCCCUAGUACAAUUAGUCCAAGGCUUGAAGGACCUGGUCUGGCUGCCCAUAGAGCAGUACCGGAAGGACGGCCGCAUCGUCAGAGGGCUCCAGAGGGGCGCCGCAUCCUUUGGUGCCUCCACAGCAAUGGCCGCCCUGGAGCUCACCAACAGGAUGGUUCGGACCGCACAGGCAGCAGCAGAGACCGCUUAUGACAUGGUAUCUCCUGGUACCCUUUCUAUUGAACCCAAGAAGGCCAAAAGGUUCACUCAUCACCGCUUAGCCCACCAGCCAGUGGACCUGAGGGAAGGCAUGGCCAAGGCCUACAGUGUGGUGAAGGAGGGCAUCGCAGACACGGCGCAGACCAUUUUUGAAACGGCAGCUCGAGAACAUGAGAGCAGAGGGGUCACCGGGGCCGUGGGCGAGGUCCUGCGCCAGAUCCCCCCUGCGGUGGUGAAACCUCUGAUUGUUGCCACAGAAGCAACGUCAAACGUGUUAGGCGGCAUGAGAAACCAAAUCAGACCGGACGUCCGGCAAGACGAGUCGCAGAAAUGGCGCCACGGAGAGGACUGACGUCCCCGUGCAGCUCUGCGAAGAGAACCAAGGUGGAAACCAGGCGCUUUGUGUCCCGUGGCAGCUUUAGCUCCUUUAAUUUUCUUGUGCUCAUCUCAGGAAAAAAGCAUUUUGUGGUUCAAUAAUUUAAUGUCAAAAUAUACAACCAAAAACUUCUGACAUCUUAGGGCUGGUUUGGUAUUUGCCUGUAGAAGUGGCUGGUGGCUGGUGUCAAGGGUCAUUAAAGCAUUUGCUGCCAAGUUAGUGGAAUGCUCGCUUUUAUUAAAGUGACCAUAAUUCUCCUUGUUCCAGACAAGCUACCAUCGGAACCUCCUUUCGCAAUACAGAGCACUCAGACAACAUUGGAGCACUCUGCAUGAUUCGUGUAGUCUUGGGAGGUGAUUUCUCUCAAGGUUUAAAAAGAAUCACAGCUUCAAAACUUUCACUGAGAGCGUGAGAAGCCACAGGGGAAGCAAAAACAGACAGGAUUUUCAAGAUAAUGUCAUAAAACUAAUAAGCUGUGUUUCGGCGCACUCGAGAACAGUUUGCUUUCCGUUGACUGGGAAGAGCCUUCUGCAGGGUGGAGGAGAUGAACGUUGCAGACAUGUUCUGUUGGGUUGCACUUUAUCCUGUGUGUGUGUGCGUGUGUAGAUCAGUACAAGUCAUGUGCUGUAUUUUUUAUGUCAUUUUCAAAGUUAACACAAAAUAUGAAGAGGAGUAAAUGUGUCUGAACGUUUUUGGCAAAGAAAAAUAACCCAAAUGUAACAGCCUCCUUUACUUUAAGUGGCAGUGUGCAUUCUGUGGGGACUGGGGCCCAUUUACUUGUUUGUAUGUUCCAUUUUAAGCAGGUAUAGUACAAGCUUGUUAGGGAUGUGUGGAAAGGGAGAGUGGAGGUUGUUUUUACUCUUCGAACAUUAAAUGAAAAUCCUCAGAAAUAUGCCCUAGUCAACUAAUUCACAGUACCAUUUUUACAUGGUUAACAUGUACAUUUUGAUAACCUGUCAGGAAUGAAUAAAGUAUUUUUAUUUAAAGGUAAAA